UGGAGGGAAAAAUACCUCGCGCGCUGCGAGCGCGUUUCGGUUGAGAGGUUAGGUUAGUGAAUUGAGAACGGAGAAUAGUUUCUGAUUUUGUUCACGCAGCUGAUGAUGGCACCAACAUCGCGAGGGGGAGCGUCGAGCCGCGGAAAAAUGUCCGACGAGAUCGAUCUUGAGCCGAGCGUACCUUUCAGUUGUUGCAAUCUUCGAGUACUGUUGCCUUGCGCGCACACACAAAUGAACGAGGACGACACGGAAACCAUUAACGUCGAUGGAUGUUCGGGAAUUUUAAGCAACUUUCUCAUGAGAAUCGUUUUCGUCGCGUAUGCAAUGACGACGAUGCUUGUCCUGACGCAAGUCCUGCUCGCUUUCUUUCUAGCAAGAAUUGCCAACAAAUCGAUUUCCGAUGAGCUCUUUAGAAAAUCGUCACAGCAGGCUACGUCAUUUUCCUACGAAUCUCUCGAUAGGCUCGUAAAUUGCGGUCGCAAGAAAAACGAGUCUUUUAAAGCACCGUGCAAAACCUGGACGAGCAGUGGCAAGGAAGAACAAACUCGAAUAACCGACGAGAGCGUAGGGCAUGACGAAGCGAUUUCCGCGUUUUCACACUGUAGCCAGGAUCUCGUCAGCACCUCCUCCGAAACGCUCCGGGAGCGCGAAGUAGUGGCGAGAUAUGGAACAGCAAAAAUAAAGCCGAGUGUUCACAAGGAACACAGAAUCCCAACGAAAAAGCCAGCAAUGAGGAGAAUACGUUGAAACGACCGAACGAUUCUUGUCGGUCGCCCACGAUUUACUUUCAGUUUGGAAACGAUUUGAAGAACACUCAGAAUCCUCAUUUCGUGGUCGUUACGGUCGUUACAAAGUGAAAUACGCGCCUGCGCGCAGGCCGAGUGACGAACGUGUCAUAAAGAUUUCCGGUAAUGGUGGCUCAAGGAGUUUGGAAAUCGGAAUGAAAAGCAGAAUGAGAAUCAUCAUAUUUUUCAAGUGUACAACCUCCGUAUCAUCUCUGUUUUUUUCGUAUCGUUACUUUGCUAUUGCUAGGAUCGGUAUUUAAAAUAUGGAUUUCGAAAUUGUGCAGAAUAACCGAAAAACAUAAAAUUCGUUCAGAAUUUGACGGUUAUGUGCAUUUUACUUUUCGUAAUUAUGCUUAAACUUGUGGAUAACAGUGAAUAAAUGUGUAUAUAUGAACCGGUA